CAAAAGGUUGGUUGAUUUCCUAAUGACUGAAAAUUCUGAAAUUAUGAUUUUGGAAAAUUCAGAACCUACUACCUACAAACAAGCUUUGACGAGCCCAGACUCUGAGAAAUGGCUUGAGGCCAUGAAAUCCGAGUUAGACUCCAUGUCUGAGAAUAAAGUUUGGACACUGGUUGACUUGCCUGGUGGGGUUAACCCUAUUGGAUGCAAGUGGGUGUUCAAAUUGAAAACAGACAAAGAUGGAAAUGUCUAUGUCUACAAAGCAAGACUGGUUGCAAAAGGAUUCAGACAAGUUCAUGGUAUAGACUAUGAUGAGACCUUUUCUCCAGUAGCAAUGCUUAAAUCAAUUCGGAUACUUUUAGCGAUUGCUGCAUUUUCGAUUACGAAAUUUGGCAGAUGGAUGUCAAAACCGCAUUCUUGAAUGGGUUCUUGAAUGAGGAUGUGUACAUGACACAACCUGAAGGUUUUGAAGAUCCAGAAAAUCCUAAAAGGGUUUGCAAGCUUCAAAGAUCCAUUUAUGGAUUGAAGCAGGCAUCUCGGAGCUGGAAUCUUCGGUUUGAUGAGGCAAUCAAACAAUUUGGUUUCAUCAAAAGCGAAGAAGAGUCUUGUGUUUACAAGAAGUUUAGUGGGAGCAGCUUAGUCUUCUUGGUUCUGUAUGUAGAUGACAUACUAAUCAUGGGAAACGACAUACCAAUGCUUGAGUCAGUCAAGGAAUGGUUAAAAGUUGUUUCUCUAUGAAGGACCUUGGAGAAGCUGAGUACAUAC